AACAAUCGCCACCGGCGAUAAUAGAGGAAUGGAUGAAUCUCUUCUCCUGCCUGUUUCUAACCUCACUACUGCAUUAUCCUUGUGCUGCUGAAAUCGAAGGAUAUUAUGUGCACAGCGGAAAAAGAAUAAUUAUAGACUGCUUUAAAUGCCAUCUGACAGGUGACAGUGUAGUAAUCGAAUGGUGUGAUUUCUGAUUUUGUUUGUUUGCUUUUCAUUACCUCUUACUCUUUGUGAAAAGUCUUGGAAGAAAUGGGAAUGAUGAGGAGCUGUGCGAGGCACAGUGUUUGUUUCCUGUCUUUCAGCAUGUGGUGCGCCGGCUGUGGAAUUAUUGGAUGCAUGUUGUGGAUACUCGCCACAUCCCCUGCUCUCAGGGAUUUUUUCAUGGGCACAACGAUAUUUUCAUACGUUGUCAUGGGUGUAGGAGGUCUUUUGUUUUUAAACGGUCUGCUGGGUUGGAUCGGCUCAUAUAGGAGAGGAAAUUGUGUCAUGAAACUGUUCCUGCUGAUAGCAGUAUUGACAGUUGCUGCCGAGGUCGGCGGCAUUGUUGCCUUUAACAUCUUGAAUUUAAAGAUGACUGAUGUUCUUGAAAAUGGUUGGAAAGAGGUCAACGAAAAUACCAGAAAUAUCGUCCAAGAUCAGCUUCACUGCUGUGGAUUCCAGGGGCCUCAAGAUUUCUCAGGUAUUACAGAUCCUAUCCAUGAGAGUUGUUAUACAAAACUCAUUCCAGGCAGCUCCAAUUCUACUGCCACAGAAGUGCGGAAAUUAAAUAGGGUCGGUUGCAAGGAGAGACUUCUGGAAUGGUUUUACACUAACAAAUACAUAUGGAUCAGCACCCUAGGCGGUGUCCUCUUAUUUCAGGUUGCUAGUGUCCUCUUCGCAGUCUACCUCAUCAAUCAGCUUGGUCGGUCUCGGCGGUCGUCGUCCGAGUCCUUGGACAUGGACAUCGAUCCACUCAGUCAUCAUCCCCAACCUUACUUUUGACUAGAUCCGGCCUGGCAGGAAUCUGCCGUCACUGGCUAUCAGUACAGGCACAAGUAUUGAUGAAAACGAGAUUCACGUUCUCCAAAUGGGACCAAGACUCAAGAAAAUGGACGUCUUGAAAGCAUCACCAGUGCCCAGCCGCUUUCUUUAACAGAAUGGCAAAUGCAAGAUUCAGUGGACGACGAAUGUUCGUUUUUGCAAAAUUUCAUAUAUUACUUUUUGCUAUGAAAUGAUCCAGAUAUCAGGAUUGAAUUCGUUUAGUCUUAAAAUACGUCGUUCUUGUUUAAUUUCUAGGAUUAUUUGCUGCUGAAAAAGUGACGGCUGGACACGAAAAUGGCAUACGCUUCUAAAUGUGUAUUGCAUUUUGAUACGGAUAUGAAACUUGGUCAAAGUAUCAUUUUUCUGCAUGUCUCCUUAUUCAGAUUUUCACGAAUAGGUUUAACGUUAUUUUAGGUAAAGUUGUUCUAAGCAGUAUAUAAGGUCUAAUGAUGUCAUUGAAACAACCAGCAAGGUAAAAACAGUGCUUUGAAAAUAGUCAUAUCAUAGUCUGAACAAGGGAAUAAGAACUGAACUUCUCCCUCGUUAGUUAGAAGGCAGUAAUUAUGUGGUAUGAAAAGCACGAGAGUGUGCCAGAAAAAGUUUUAUUCUGCGGAAAUAAAAAUAUGACAAUUAUAACUUUCAAAUGGGAUUUUAUUCGACCCUGAAGUAGUGGUAUUUUUAUGAAAUGAAUUUGGAAUAUUUGCAUUUUAAAAGUCUUCUUUUUUCGUACAUUUAUCUCAUACUGUCAGAUUUUACUAGCUUUGAUCUGCAUGCUGGAAAAUAUCUUAAUAGUGAUAUAUGACCUAACAUGAUAGACACUUCUAUGAUAAAAUGUGUAAUUAUAUAUCGCCUGUGAUAUGAUGUAGUGAAGCAUCGCGAUUAGACACUAUACUGUGAAGAAUCUGUGUACAAUAAACAUAGAUCAUAGAUAAUCUUCAUCUGUUAAUUUGAUUAACAAAAUUUCUUUUGAUUUUACGAUUGAUAACCUAAUUCUGGUAAGCAAUUGAUAGCUUUAUUCCAUCUUCUAUCCUACUGACAAUGUAAAGAAACAAGAAAAAAUUAUUUAGGAUCCUUUUCAUAUAAGGCUAAACAUAAACAUAACUAAUUCUAACUCUUCCAUUUUAAAGUUAUUAGUUAGUUAACCAAGAAUUUCCUGUACUUCAGACAACUUAUCAUCUUCGCAAUUUAACUUGAGAUCUAAAGUUCUAAGGAGCACAGAUAAGAGGUACACACAGGUAAUCAAACUAAAAGUUUAUCCACGCUGCACUUUGAAAAUGCAUAUUAAAAUUGACAAAACGUAUCUAUCACUACACGGGACACAUUGAGUAUCUGCACAGCUCGGUUUCAGUUACUAACGACCACUAAGCAUAGAAGGUGACAAGGUCAGUUAGAUGGAUAGGAAAAAGAAAAGAUAUCCUGGUACACUGCUAAAAAUUUUUCUUUAAAUUAUACAUUCACUUGCUAUUUAAACGUCGCCCUAAUAUGCAUUCUGGUGAGGCUGAUGCAGAAAUAGAAGUAACAGGAAAGAAUUAAUAUAAAAAAUAACGUAUUGUUUAAAGUAACAUUUUCAAAACAAAAGCAUGAGGAAAAAUUUAAACCUUAUGAAUUAAUUAAAAAAGCCAAAUGUUUGUAAGAAAUAGUAAAAGGUUAUAAAACAUAAUAUUUAUAAUUCUGAAAAGAAGCAAUGAAAUUUUCAUUGUUUAUGUAAUUAGAAAAAUCUAUGUGUUUGGAUCUAAAUAUAAUCAGAUGGUACCAUUUGGGAGAUAUUUCUCAAAAAACUAGGAAUAUUCAGCCUUUCUCAGAAAUAUUACUGUCUGCGUAUUUAAACUCCAGAUUCAGCAAUUGUUAAAUUUGAAUGGGAUUUCAGUAAUAUUCAAUGAAACAGUAACAUUACAGAAUAAGUAAAUGGCAUUAGUUAAUUUCUUGUGGAUGAUAAAUUAUAAUUGAUACAUAGAAAUUAAGGAAGUUAUGUUAUAUGAUGCCACGCUUCUCAACAUUGUAAAUUCAAAAAUCUAAAGAUUUAUAAGAAAGCAUUAAGCAAUUUAUAUAGAGAAAACCAAAUAUAUUCGAAUAUUUCGAAACACUUACCGGAAAAAAGAAAACACUUAUCACACAAAAUGGAAAACUAGGCAAGAGAAAUUAAUAUUUAAAUAAUUUUAAUAGCUUUCUUGCUUUGUUAAAAAGAGAUUUUGAAAUUCUACUUUAAGAUAUUUAUUAUGUUGUUCAAAUUUUAGAAUAAGGAUGUUCGAAUAUCGGCAAAAUAGAAAGUAAGGGCAUUUCGAAAGAGGACAAGGGAAAACAAAAAUAAUGAAUUUUAAUUUUAUUUUCCUAAAAUGUGAUAUUAAUAUAUAACAUUAUGUGAUUGCUAUCAUAAUAACUUCAUUUGAUGUAUUAAAAUAACUGUCAAGAAAAUAGCAAACCUUCGAAUCAAAAUUUUUAUGUCCAAAUCAAUCCUAAAAUUGCCAACAUGUGGAUAUGAGCCAAUUUUAUCCACAUUUUGGCGACGCAUAGUAAAUAUAUUCACAUAUUAAAAAUGCAAGGAACUUGCUCUUGAUGUAACAAAGAGGGCAAAAAUCUGAAAGGCUGCUAAGAAUUCGUUCUUUAAAUACAAAUUAAGCGACAAAUCUUUAAACUGGCGCAAUUUUUGGCGCUUUUACAAAAUUUUACGUGUGAGAUAAUAAAACUAAAACAAUUUUCCCAAAAAUUAUGAAAAAUUCUUAAAAGUUAUCUAAUAUAUAAUGCAUUGUUUAGCUAAAUUUAGUUUUAGACACUGGGAAGCAUCUACACCAGAUAACCAAGUUUCACUGUCUCCUAACUUGCACUUCUUCUCAUAUUAAUUUGAUAUUUUAGAAGCUAAUAAUUAUAUUACUCAUAUUCCUCAUAUCGUUCGAAGAUUUUGUAAAUCGAAUUUCUUUGUAAAUUAUUGAGUGAUCGUAUUUUUUUAGUUAAUUUCAUCUUAUGUUUUGUCAUUUUAAAUUCACUUCAUAUUUUCAUUUUAAACUGAAAUUUUCAAGCUAUAUACUUAUACUUUCAUUACAAAUUAUUCCUGCAUUUUUUAGAAAUUACUGAAAUAAGGCUUCUUCCGAUGCAAAAUGACUAUUUUAGAGAAAAAAAAAACAUAUUGUAGAUUUUAAUUGAACUUCAAAUUCAUCUCAAUUUCUUUUACUUGCCAAAGAACAAAUGUAAAUAGAUAUUUUUAGAUAGAUUUAGAAGUAUAUAUUCUUCUUUACAUAUAUGCAUAAAAGUUGAAUAUUUUUCACAUGCAAAGAAGGAAAAUAAAAGCGCAUAUAUGUGUAAAUUCAGAUGUUCUUUAGUUUAUCUUUUGACAGUUGUAUUCAAUUGUAUUCUAGUACAACAAUGGAUUUAUUUUCCUGCUUUCAUUUCAAAAUUUAUGGAUCAUAGAUUAAAAGUAAAUGUUCUUAGUUGUACAUUGGUUAAUUUCUCAAUAGAAAAUCAAGAUUCUUCGAAACGAAUGGUAAAAAAUAUCAAGAUAUUACUCAAAGAAUAACAAGUCUGUAUUUUGUAAGACCGAUUUUAUCCGAGUUGUCUUGCAAAUUUUGUAUAUAAUGGUGUGCAAUAUUUAUAUGUAAUAAACACAUCUCUUAAACUGA